AUGAAGGAUUUCAUCUUCUUCAUCGCCUUUCUUCUGAUGCAGGUUUCAUGGACAACAGUUUCUUCCCGCUCAGUCCAAGAGUGUUUGGUGCAAUGUCUUCUCAGCAAGUCUGACUCAUGCAACCCAAUCGCCGGCGCCAUUGUCACCCCUGCAAACUCCUCCUUCUCCUCCGCUUUGGGCUUCCAUAGAAGAGACCUCCGGUUCGCGACGCCGGAGACGCCCAAACCGGUGGCCAUCAUCGCCGCCUCGCACGAGUCCCACGUUCAAGCCGCCAUAUUAUGCUCCAAAAACCUCAGCCUUCAGAUCAGAACGUGGUCCGGCGGCCACGAUUACGAGGGCCUCUCGUACAUCUCCGACGUCCCCUUCGCCAUCCUCGAUAUGUCGAAUCUCCGGCGAAUCGACGUCGACGUGGCAAAUAGGACGGCGGUGGUCCAGGCAGGCGUGAUUCUCGGCGAAAUCUAUUACAAGGUGGCAAAGGAGAGCAACGGCACCCUCGGGUUCCCGGCGGGGGCAUGUCCCAGUAUGGGCACCGGCGGCCACUUCGCGGGCGGCGGGUACGGAAACAUGAUGAGGAAUUACGGGCUCUCCGUCGACAACAUAAUCAACGCGACAUUAGUCGACGUUAAUGGGCGAAUCCUUAACAGAUGGUCCAUGGGAGAAGAUCUUUUCUGGGCGAUUAGAGGCGGCGGCGCUUACAGUUUCGCCGUCGUCGUUUCUUGGACGCUCAAUUUGGUUACGGUUCCGACGACGGUGACAACUUUCGGCGUCGAGCGGGCCGUCGAAGAGGGUUUAACCGACGUCGUUUUGCAGUGGCAGGACGUUGCCGACAAGAUUGACGAUAAACUCUUCAUUCGGGUGGCGCUAAGUGUUAGAAAUCGAACCGGUAACGGCAACGGCGCCGAAGGGAAAACCGUGGUAGCUUUGUUCUAUGCAUUGUACCUGGGAAAAGCCCAAAAUCUCCUCGAAUUGAUGAAUAAAAAAUUUCCGAAACUGGGUUUGCAGAAAAAGGAUUGCAUCGAAAUGCGAUGGAUCCAAUCGGUGCUUUCUUGGUUCGGUUAUCCCAUCGAAACACCGCCGGAGGUUUUGCUGGACAGAGUACCGAAGUGGUUGAUUUCAAUGAAGAAGAAGUCGGAUUACGUGAGACUUCCGAUUGCGAGAACGGGGUUGGAAUCGGUGUGGAAAAAGAUGGUGAAAUUGGAGAAAGUGGAGAUGCAGUGGAGCCCAUACGGGGGUGCGAUGGGCAGGAUUGGGGAAUCGGAAACUCCAUUUGCGCACAGAUUUGGAAUAAAGUGGAAAAUCCAGUACCUGGUGGGCUGGUCGGAAGAGGGGCCGGCGGCGGUGAGCCUGUACACGAAGUUGGUGAGGGAUCUGUACGCUUUCAUGACGCCGUUCGUGACGAAUAGUCCGAGGGAAGCGUUCUUGAAUUACAGGGACUUGGACAUUGGAAGGAAUUCAGACGAGGGGACGGAUUAUGAGGCGGCUAAGGUUUACGGGGAGAAGUAUUUCAAGGGGAAUUUUGAUAGGUUGGUGGAGGUGAAAACCAGAGUUGAUCCUGAGAAUUUCUUCAGGAACGCACAGAGUAUCCCUGUGCUUCCGUAUUGA